AAACAAAUAGUGAAGUGAAAACACACAAAAACUAUGGCCGUUUCUUCACGAAUUCAAUAUACUUUCAUCCUCUUCUUCGUUGCAUCAUUGGCAGUUCUCGACAUUUCAAUGGCAGGACCACGCUUUGAUGCAACGCUCGUAUCAAAACCCCCUGUUGGUCGGUCCACUUGCCCUGUGCCGGCAAAUCGAUGUGGGAGUGAAUGCAAUAGGAGAUGUUCAGCAACAUCUCACAAGAGUAACUGUUUGUUGUUCUGCAACAAGUGCUGCAACUGGUGCCAUUGCGUCCCACCUGGUACUUAUGGAAACAAGGGAUGUUGUUCCUGCUAUAACAAUUGGAAGACCCAAGAAGGAGGCCCUAAAUGUCCUUGAAUUAUAUUAUUUGUUUUAAUUUAAUUAAAACUAUGCCAGGUUUUCGACUGCAAUAUAAUGUUGUUGUGAUUUAGUCCCAUAAAAAGGAUGGUUGUGGUCAAUAAUUAUUGAAAUUGAGAAUUGACUUAUGGUCAAAA